AUGAGCAGUUCAAAGAGUUUUUACAAGCAUUUCAAUAGAAAUACUCGUUUUUUUUCAACAACACCUACAAAAAUAACUUUUAGUAAUAAUGAUUUUUCUAAUUUACCCCCUUCAUAUCAACUUACUAGUUUAGAUGACGAUUUGUCCAAUUAUCCUUCGCUUGUCGUUGAUAAAGAUUUUGAUUUGGAAGAUGAGGUUAGCGAUAAUGGUGUGGUGGUUAAUCAAGAAGAAAAGGAAAAUUAUUCACCUUCUUCAAUACUCGGCGAAGAUUUAAUUUCUUCUACAAGCAAAAAAUUAAAAAGACUCCAAUCUAAAAAUACAUGGUGGAAUCCAGAAGGACGAUCUAACUUUGUUUUUGUUCGAAAAGUGUUUAACAUGGAUGACAGAGUUCAAUAUAACAACACGAUAUAUGACGAUGAUUCAAGUGAUGAUAAUCUUACAUUGACACCAGAUUCGGUACCUGAUGAUGAAAACAACUCCUUUAGAAAUGUUGCUUGGCCAUUCCCAUCUACCACUACUACCACAACAACUUCUACAAAUCAUUUCAAUGAUAAUAUAUUCACCAUUGAACAACAAAAGUCAAUAAAAAUUCCUUUUACAAUAUGGGAAGAUCCUGAAGAAGAUAAUGAAUAA